GGACGGCUGUGCGAUUCUCUGGAUUCUUGCAUCUCAAGCCCACAACUAUGGCAAGCUUUCAUGAUAAGGAGACCUACGAUCCCGACGGCAUCAGCGACGCGUCGAGCGUCCGGGACGAGUCUGUGCUGGUCAGGAUUGGAGACAGAGAGUCCAUGGAGAAAGUUGACCCGUCGCAGAAGCCGCCCUACUCGUAUGUUGCUUUAAUUGCGAUGGCGAUUAAGGAAAGCCAGGAGAAGAGGCUCACUCUGAACGGCAUCUACCAGUACAUCGUCUCCAAGUUCCCUUACUAUGAAAAGAACAAGAAAGGUUGGCAAAAUAGCAUCCGGCACAACCUCAGUUUGAACGAGUGUUUUGUUAAAGUCCCCAGAGAAGGUGGAGGAGAGAGGAAAGGGAAUUAUUGGACCUUGGAUCCCGCUUUCGAUGAUAUGUUCGACAAAGGGAACUACAGGAGGAGGAGGAGGAUUAAGCGGCCGUAUAGAACAUCUUCAUCUCCGUUUCUGCCCGCGAAACCGUGCGUGAAUUACACGGACCCAUUUUAUUACCAGACUCCCAAGUACCUGCAGUCUCCCUUCGGGGCUAAUUCGUGGUCGAUGGGGCAAAGCGGGUCAAAUGCGCCCGUCACCUACCACCAGCCCUGUCAGGCGGCGAAUGGGAACGUCAGCUCGGUGCAGAUGAAUGGACUCGCGUCGUCCUACGGCGCAUACCCGAGAAUGCAGAGCUUACCUAUAAUGCCGGCUUCCGCCAACACUUACAACGGCAUGAAUCAACAGGUGAGCCCGGGGACUCACGCAACGAGCACCGGUUAUCAGCUAUCAUGCGCCCGGCAGCCGGACAUGCCUGUAGUACACUGUUCCUACUGGGAAUACGGACCAGUGACCAGCAGAAUGGAUAUAUAACCUUCCAAGACUUCUUUAAAAAUACUGGCGGUGGUAAGACAUGUUCUUUGAAAGUGCCAAAACGAAAACUUGAAUUGUUUCCCUGUUUGCAAACUUUGAUGCGUUUUGUUUCUGGGGAAAAGGAACUAAAUGGACUCAAUAUCCCAAGUAUUUAGUCCAAGGCUGUCGCCGAGUCUGGGUUAUUAAAGUUUUUGGUACCAAAGCGGAAAUCGAAAAGGUGGACUAUUAAAAAAAAUCAAGAGUUUGUUAUUUGAAAUUGUUACAGGGUUUAUUUGUCUAAACAGUGCUUAAAAUUGUUGGCGUUUUCUUGUUCUAUAAUUUGCGGAUCAAAACGUUUUGCAUUUAGUAAAUCAAAACAAUGUACAGAAAAAGUUUUUUCUUUAAGGAAGUGAUCCAAUGUUUAAAAUGGUUAUCGAAGUUCUAACGAAUGAAGGUUUUGGACCAAUACCAAGUGUCGUCAAGGAUAGCACUUUUGUAUAUAUUUUUGUUAAAAUAAAUGUUU